GUUUCAUGUUUGAAGGCGUUUGCGAGUUGCGACGGUCAUUUGCUGUUUAGUGAUCAUUCGCCCGUUCGUCUGGUGCGAUUGUCUCGUUUCGAUCGUAUAUCGCUUUGCUGUGUAUAUUCCGAUUGCGUUAACCUACACGUCGCCGUAGCCCACAUUAUCUUAUUUAUUACCGUCAAUUCCGCGUGUGGUGUGCUCGCGAGCAUUUCGUACGGUUUGCAAUAUUAUAUUAUUGUUAUUAUCGACAUCUGUGGCCUGACGAAAUUAAAUCGUAUUACAUUUAAUACGCUUUGAYACACGUCUCCGGUAUUUUUCGUAUAAUCCUAAUAUCAUACAUUUAACCGUCAUGGGUCUGGCGUCGUAUUUAACGGUGGCUAACAUCGCCGUGCACGUGCUCGGUGCUAUCACGUUCGUCUUUUCCGUCUACUAUAACUAUGUUCACGUCAACAUACCGACGCACGUCAAUCCCAUCGACGACGCGUUCGGCGGCAAAUUCAAAUACCUCACGUUUUUAGACGGGUGUUUUCAAGCAUUGUUCUUCUUAUAUGCAUUGGUUGUGGACGUAUUCCCGUUGAUUUUUCCUUCUAAAUCAUCAGUAUUGGAAACACUAUCUCAAGUGAAAUACUUUUUCUUUGCCAGCAUCGCUUUUCCAUUAAGUAUGGUAAGUACAACUUUUGAAUCUAAUCAAAAUAAAAUAUAA